AUGUCGGAUAGUGCAAGAGAGCAGAUGAAUCUCAACAGUCCCCCACCACCACCCGAAAUUCCUGGCUCGAAAAUCUCCAGUUACGUCUUAAAACUCAGAACCGCCCCUUCGGAUUACUUCUUCCAAGCACCAAACCCACCCCAGUACGUGGACCUGUUCGACGCACCUACUGGGCCCUAUUUCUUCUAUGGCACGUUGACCGACCCGUCCAUGGUUCGUGAAAUUUUGGGGUUGGAAAAUGAGCCCGAGCUGCGCCCAGCACGUUUAUCGGGCUAUAAGUGCAAGUUGUGGGGGCAAUACCCUGCACUGUUGGACGCUCCAGACUCCGUGGUCGAGGGCACAGUGUAUCAUGUUAAAACGGUUGAACAUGGGGAGAGGCUUGCGGCAUAUGAAACAAAAAACUACCAAGCUGGCCCUUGUCGCAUCCGCUAUACUGAUGGGAAGGAGCCUGCGGACGACGUGGGGUAUACAUUCAAGUUCAAAGGGGAUCAGAAUGAAUUGAGCGAUGGAACAUUUGACCUGAGGGUCUGGUUGGAAAGAAUGGGAAGGUGGCUGCGGUGA